CCUGCUGCCUGCGUGCUGCCUGCUGCGUGCUGCCCUUGCCCUCGCCGCGGCCUGGGGAUGUCGUCGGGCGGCAGCCUGAGCACCAUGCAGCGGCUGGUGGAGCAGCUGAAGAUGGAGGCGGCAGUGGAGAGGAUCAAGGUGUCUCAGGCAGCUGCAGAACUCCAGCAGUACUGUAUGCAAAAUGCCUGCAAAGAUGCCUUGCUUGUUGGGGUUCCUGCAGGGAGCAAUCCCUUUCGAGAACCCCGAUCCUGUGCUCUACUCUGAAAUCAGGGAAGGUCAUCGGAGAGUUGCCUUCAAGCAUGACAUGAAUAAUUGCCUUCCUUCACAAGAAAAGCCUCUCUCCGUGUCCUAACUUUUCUGUGGCUAAAACAAAGUCCUAAAUAUUUAUCUGUUUGUUCUUGUGUAUCUGUACUUCACUAUCUUUUGCUAAUGUUCCUAAAGUUUUUAAAAUAUUACUCUUAGUCUUUUCAUAAUGAUUGCCAUCAUUGAUGUACUAUGCGAACUACAAAUGUUACUUGAGGAAUUUACAUUUUAGAAAAGAAAAACACAUGGAUUUUUACCAACUUAUUUACUCCUGUCUUGGUAAAAUGUUACAGCAAAAUGAUAGUAAAAACUAUUUGUUUCUUCCAAAAUAAACCAUCCAAAAAGUGAAUUGUUAAAGUAUAAACCUAAAUGAUGUUACAACUGAAGUAAUGUUCUCAGGGGGAAUUUUGCUUCCAUUAGCAAGACCUGGAACCAACGACAGGUUUUUUUCAAGUGCAUUUAAGUCCAUGAACGACACAUACUAGAAACUGCUGGACACAAUGCAUAGCACAGGGUAGAUUCCUAAGGCACAUUUCCUGCAGGACUUCUAAUCUGUAAUACUUCUCCUAGUUUGUAUUUGUAAAGGUACUCUCAUGGUGGAAUUCCCUUGACGUGUUUAAAAUGUGACGAAACAGGCACAGAAAACCCUAUGAACACCCAAAGAUAGUUGCAUGCAUAAUUGCCAAGGUUUGCAAUACACAAAACUUACUAAAGUGGGCUUGGUCAUUUGCCUUCAGUUUUUUAUGGAGCACUUUUACAAGAAUAGCUAACUUUUUUAAUAGGUUUUUAAUUUUCUACUUUCUACUUGUCUACUUUCUAUUAUUUGUAUUAAUCUUUUAGAAGUUUGGAAAUAAAAUUCCUUUCCCUACUGA